AGAUCUACGUCUGCGCACUGAGUUUGUUUAAUAAAACGGAAAUGGCAACAUUGUAUAAAUGUCUGUAAAAAUGAUGUAAGAAAAAUCUUUAUGGAGAUGACGAUAAAUUGUAAGUAGUGACAGAAAUCUAAAAGAUAAAGAAAAUGGCAUAUAAUCGACAAGAAUCUAGGAUGACAACAGCAAGUGCUCCACCUGGUCGAAUGGAUAGCCAGCAAAGCACCGGAAAAAUGGAUAGAUUAAAACGGUAUAUGAAGACAAGUGUUGCUGAUUUUUUUGGUCUUGGAGAAGAUGAUCCAACAAAAGCACCAAGAUGGGACAACAGACGUAUGCGAUAUAGAGGGCAUCUUGGCAAGUUGAAGGAUGAGUAUUUAAAGCCAGAUGAUGAAUUAGAUGGAAUGAUAUCAACUGCUGAUGCCCGAAUGAUCCGAGAUCCAUUUAGGGUACCCGGUGGAAGGGCGAGUGACUCAACGUCCAUGAGAACAGCUCUGUCAAGUACCAGUACUUUUGCUAAUUCAAAUUUAAAGCAGCGACGUAGAAAAGAUUCUGUUAUGAAAAUGACAAUGAAAGGAUUAGCAACUUUAGCUGGAGCCAAGAAAAAGUUCAAAGCUAAACAGAGUUUAAAAGGAGUAAGAAGUAUCGCACCUGGUAGUUUUGGUGCUGAAGUACCUUGUGAUGAUGAGACAAAUGGCUACAUGCCUCCUACACCUUUGACAGGAGGUGAUGAUUCUAGUUUAAUAGAUGAUGUAUUUUAUGAUGAGUUGGAUUAUGAUUUUGGUGAUAGAUUAGAUAAUAUCAAAGAAGAAUCCACUAGAAGUCGAGAUGGCAGAAUUUUCUCCUGGAGACCUACACAGACUGUAUCGAGUUUUAGCUAUCCAACAGCACCCACAAUACCUGAUUCUGCACCUUUGAAAGGAUGGCGAAGACCUCCUCCUCCUGCACUACCAGACACACCUGCUGUGGACAUGGUUGAUGGCAUAGAUUUUAAAGCUCUAAAAAAGAUACCAAAUAAACUUUUAGAUUCAGCAUUUCAAAAACAUAAACGAGCUGUUGGUCAAGGUGUCAUUGGUAAAUUUUUUCAUCGAAGUGUUCGGAGUGAUCAAGUAACAAGGGAUGUGAAAAAACAAAUAGAUGAAAUGGAUGAUCAUAGGCCAUAUUUUACAUGUUGGGUAACAUUUGUACAAAUAGUAAUAUUUAUUGUAUCUGUAUCAGUGUAUGGCAUAGCUCCUAUAGGUAUUGGUACCACAGAUUAUUAUGAAACUGUGACCAUGCCAAACCUGGCUAUACAAAGAGUAGCUCAUAGAGAAAGAGAUAAUCUCUGGUUAGGUCCACGACAGGCUGAUCUCAUUCAUCUUGGUGCUAAAUAUACACCCUGUAUGAGAUUUGAUGAAAAUCUUAAUGAUGCCUUACAACUGGAUGUAGCAGAAGAAAGAAAUUCUGCUUGCUGUGUAAGAAAUGAUGGUUCUGGCUGUGCUCAAAUGACUAAAAGUCGCUGCUCAUCAAUUUUAUCUACCUUUGAGAAGUGGUCAUAUGUAGAUGGUAAUCCUGGACCAGAUAAUCGUACAUCAGGGACAGUUUGUGGUCAAGAUCCUAGAUACUGUGCUAAACCUGUAUCAGUGGAACCAUUUUUAUGGCCAGAUGAUAUCACAAAGUGGCCGAUUUGUGAGGAAGUUAACACACCUAAUGUAUCAUUGGCCAGCACUGAAAUUCAACAUAUGUCAUGUGAAAUUGUCGGUCAUCCAUGUUGUCAUGGGAUACAAGGAGAAUGUAUUAUAACUACUAGAGAGCACUGUGACCUUAUAAGAGGUUAUUACCAUGACGAUAAACUCCUAUGUUCUCAGGUGGAUUGUUUAAGUCAGAUAUGUGGUAUGAUCACUUUCUAUAAUAAAGGCCUGCCAGAUCAAGUUUACAGGUUAUGGACAUCACUAUUUUUACAUGGCGGUUUGUUUCAUCUAAUUAUAACUAUAAUAUUUCAAUGGUUUAUAAUGAGAGAUGUAGAGAAGUUAUCUGGAGCUAUCAGAAUAGCAUUUGUUUAUUUAGGUAGUGGUAUUGCUGGUAAUCUAGCCAGUAGUAUAUUUCUACCUUAUCAAGUUGAGGCUGGGCCUUCUGGAUCACAGUUUGGUAUUCUGGCUUGCUUGUUUGUGGAAGUUUUUCAAAGUUGGCAGAUGUAUAAACGACCAUUUGUUGCUUUACUGAGGCUACUUAUUCCUGUGUUAUUUUUGUUUAUAUUUGGACUUCUACCCUGGUUUGAUAACUGGGCUCACCUGUUUGGUUUUAUUUUUGGACUUUUAAUUGCCUUUGUGUUUAUGCCUUAUCUGUCAUUUGGAAAAUUUGACCGGAAACGAAAAAUUAUUGGAAUUGUAAUAUCGUUGUGUGUAACAUUAAUAUUAUAUGUUCUUUUAAUUAUAUUAUUGUACAUCAUUCCGAUCCGUGAUUGUGGGGCUUGUCAGUAUUUUAAUUGCAUUCCAUUUACCUCAGAUUUCUGCGAGAAUAUGGGUGUAUCAAUUAAAAGAAACUCAACAUACAGUAAUUUUUAACUGAAAUAUAUUAUAUAUAUAUAUCUUGUUUUGUUUUUAAAUGAAUACUCAUUGUGUUUAUAUUUACAUACUAUCAAAAUGCCACCAGACCAUAUUAUGUGACCCACCAACCCAUAUCUUAAAUCUGAGUAUCGUAAAAUACAUGUGUUAGGGUUUUACAUGUAUGAAACAGUUUUUGUUGUGUAGUGAGCUGGUUUACAUAUCACCCUCAUGUAUUAUCAUCAACUUAAAAUUUUUCUUUUAGUAUUAUAAAUUAAAAAAGCUUAAAGGGGAACUUUACCAUUUGCAUUUGGAAUCCUUUGAUAGUUAUGUUAGUAGAGUCCCAUUUGAUAUUUUUCAUAAUAAAGACAUAGGGUAAUAAACAGAUGUGUUCAAAUUCAAACAGAAUAAAACUACAAAAAAAAACAAGUACAUAAAGAUUACAUGUUAAAUACCAUGCAGGCGAUGUAUUUUGUGCUGUUUUAAUUAUAUAAAUAUCAAAAAGCAGUACUUACUUAUAGUGAAUCAUGCAAUGGGUAAAAUAUAGCAGAAUUAAGAAGAGAAAUAUUUUAUUUAUUACAAAGUAUGCAUAAAUCUAUGAAUCACCUAUUAUUAUUUGUGUUCAACUCUAAUAUUGUAUAUUAAAGAGGCAUUAUAUGCGAGCGCUGAACUUGCAUAUUGCUGUGCAUUUUUCUGAUUUCAAAUGUUUUAUAAAUUAUUAUUGAGACAUUUAUUUACAUGACAAGCCCAUAAUCAACUCUCUAAACCAUCAGAUGGAUAAGAUAUUGUGUGAAUUAAACAGUACCUGCUAAUUCAGUGUUAAACACUAAUAUGGGUGGCGACUGUAGAUGAAAGACUGGCAGUCGACACUUUGUUUAUUAUUAAGGCAAUUGUAUUUGACAAUCGAGGAUAUGAAAUGCGAGCGAAGUUUCCAUCUGCCAAGUAUGACUGCCUUUUGUCAAAAUUUCAAACAUCCAUAACUUCACUGAAAUUUUCAAUAUAUUCAUUUUUCAUUAUCUAUUUUUGAACUAUUAUAGCAAAAACAGACAGCUAUUUCUCUAAAUCAUACAUAAUGUAUCUUUAAUUAAUUUGUGUCAAUUGUUUUAUAGGUAGUCUAUAUAUAGUUUGUGGCAUGCAUAUAGUGCUCAUUAAAUAAAGUACAGAUAAGACUGCUUAGAGUAAUACUAAUUAUAUUAAUCAUGUAUUGUUUAUUACAAUUGAUUUAUUGUCAAAAUAUUGAUUCAGUUUAACUAUAUCUUAAUUUAUUACAAGGUAUUUACUUAACUAAUACAGUAUUAGAUUAUACCCUUGUUUGUUCAAUGUAUAUAAUUUAUAAUUAGAACCCUGUUUAAUUUAUCUAUACAAUACUGUUGCUUGUGCCUUGGGACUUACUACCAAUUUUUACCCUAGAAUUGAAAUGUGUGUGUAGUGGUAGAUAGACCUAAUCCUAAAAUCACAAAUUGUAAAUAUGAGAAACUUUAUUUUAAAUUAAUAAUUUUAUAGCUAUGUAGAUUUGUUAAAGAUUUUAUAUAGUAAUAUACUUUACAAGAUUUCUGAUCUGUUUUUUUGAAAUUAUAUUUUUUUAAAAUAAAAGCUUUUAUUAGAUUUUUUUUCACUUUGCAAUUUUCUAUGAUCAUUUACAUCAUAUGUAAUUUAUACUGAUUUAUGCAAGCUCAAUCAAAGAUUUUAGUGAUAGGCCGUAGCUGCUUCAAAGAAAAUGCAUAUAGGUCUGUCAAAGUUCAUAGGUAUACUAGUUCUCUAAAUAUGAAAUUCAUUAAUAAUUAUUUUUGUUUUGUAAAAUAGCUGAUUAUGAAUAAGAAACCUACAGUAAUGUCUAGUGUAGUGUUCACCAGAGUAUAAGUAAUGCUAAUGCACCCAAUUGUAUUAAGAUAUUCUUCUAGCACAUUUCUUUAUUAAUUAGAUAAAUUUUUGCAGUGCAACUGAUCAGAAGCUCAACACCCUUUUAUACUGUUGAUCUCAAGAAAUAUCACAUAUUAUUAAAAAAAAAUUGAAAGUAUCAAGGUAUAAUGUAGCUCUUGAAAAGUACACAAUGCAAAAUGAUUUCUCAGGUUUCCUUAAGAAAUUAUGUCUGUUUUAAUUAUGUGAUUUUGUGUAUAGUGUAGUGUGUAAUCCACUAAAUGUUUGUUUUGUUUUCAAGAGAUGCUGUUACAUUAUAACCAUCAUUAACUCAAACAUUUUUAUAUGGUGUUCCUAAAAUAAAUGAGCCACAGUACUAAAUUA